ACACGGCCGGAGGCGCAGAACAGCGGGACUGAGGCAGGAACACGCAAAAGAAGAGGAAGAAGGACCAGGGACAGCCACCAUGUCCUUCCCGCACUUUGGACAUCCGUAUGGCAGCGCUUCCCAGUUCCUGGUGUCUGCAAGUUCCAACGCCCCUUGCUGCGAAUCCUCGCCGUGCUCCGUCCCGGACGUGGCCUCAGGCUCCACCCCGGCGGCGGCUCUCUGCUUAGCCCCCUACGACAGCCGGCUGCUGGGCAGCGCGCGGCCCGAGCUGGGCGCGGCCUUGGGCAUCUAUGGAGCCCCUUAUGCCGCCGCGGCAGCCGCCCAGAGCUACCCGGGGUACCUGCCCUAUAGCCCGGAGCCGCCCGCGCUGUACGGGGCGCUGAACCCACAGUAUGAAUUUAAGGAGACCGCAGGGAACUUUACUCCCAGCCUGUCACAACCAGGAGCCUAUUAUCACUAUGAGCCGACUCUGGGGCAAUACCAGUAUGACCGGUACGGAGCCAUGGAAUUGAGUGGCGCCGGGCGCCGGAAGAACGCCACGCGGGAGACCACCAGCACCCUCAAGGCCUGGCUCAACGAGCACCGCAAGAACCCCUACCCCACCAAGGGCGAGAAGAUCAUGCUGGCCAUCAUCACCAAGAUGACCCUCACCCAGGUGUCCACCUGGUUCGCCAACGCGCGCCGGCGCCUCAAGAAGGAGAACAAGAUGACUUGGGCGCCCAAGAACAAAGGCGGGGAGGAGAGGAAGGCGGGGAGUGGAGCAGAGGAGUCACUCGGCUGCCUAAAUGGGGACACCAAAGACGUUGCUGCUAGCCAAGAAGCUCAGGGACUCCGGCUGAGUGACCUGGAAGAUCUGGAGGAAGAGGAGGAGGAGGAGGAGGAAGAGGAGGAGGCGGAAGGAGAGGAGGCUGUAGUCACAGCUACGGACAGGCUGGCUGAGUUCCAUAAGGACACGCGGUCGCUGCCUGCACAAUGCGUUGCAGCUCGAGUGGGCCGGCUGGAGCGCAGGGGCUGCGACCUCGGGGCGCCCCGCUUCUCGUUCAAUGAGUCCCCGGGAUCCGGAGAAGCUGACUUCCUCCGGGCGGAGCCAGGGGGGCCCGCGUUGACCAUGCACUACCCGUGCGGCCAGAAACCGCGCAUCUGGUCUCUGGCGCACACCGCGGCAGCCAGCGCUGUCGAAGGUGCGCCUCCAACCCCGCCCAAGCCACAAAGUCCUGAGUGCCAUCUGAUUCCCGGACAGCCUCUGGGCUUGGGCGGGCGACCCACGGUCCCCAGAGACUCCGCAUGUGGCGAGUCUUCUCGAGUAGCCAAGGCCUUUGGAAAGCCCACGUUUGCGCUGCAGGGGCUGCCCCUGAACUGUGUGCCGUGCCCGCGGCGGAGGGAGCCGGCAGUGCAGUGCCCGUACCCGUCCGGAGCAGAAGCAGGUUAGCGCAACGGGGCGAUUUGCAGUUUGCGGACGAACCUUGGAAGUGAGCCCUGCUGUUCCACUCACCUUCCCGCUAAGAGGCUGGGAGACCUCACCAGGAACUGCGCUUAAGAGACGGACACACAGACACCCUCCCACAGGCCCUCCUUGCACGCAGAACUGAAGCAGGCGGCAGCCCGCCACCGUGUCGCACCCCAGAGGAAGUGGCAGGGCGCCUUGGGGAAGGCUGGGAGAGUCCGCCUCCCUCCUCUGGGUUCAGGGCCUGAAGCUGCUCCCUCUCCUGCUCACUCCCGCCCCCUCCCUGCGGAACUUCCAAGCGGACCCAGCCCCUAAGGACCACCUGUCUGCUCCCCGUCCCCACUCCUGUGUCCUUAA